UGACAGCAGUAGAAACGUUUGAUGCUCGAGCUUUAUCAUUCGCGUGUGAUCGACAGUCCCCGAGCUGAGUGAAUUAUUGACAGUCUGAACAAUGCAACAGUCAGCAUAUGACAAUUUAGACGACGAACUACUAUUGGAAAACCCUUUCACGAUGGAGCCUGGUUUUUUUUGCGGAAAAGCCAAUUCAAUAGAAACAGUCAUUCUGGUAUGAAUGAGGGAUGUAAACAGCUAAGUAAACUUUUAAAGCAACUACCUAACGAUAUAACAUUUCUAACCAAUUGGUAUGUAAUUUCUGAGUACCUAUAUUUUGAUUAUCUAUCAUUUAGCAGAAGAUGAAGGAAAUGAUCUUGAGAACACUUGGACUUCAAAGUUUGUCAAUAAAAAAAAAUGGCAUUCUGACAUGUAAGGUCAAUUCCAGUGAGAGUUCCUGCCUCAAGUCAAUUAGGUAUUAAAAAAAUAUAUGACGGGUAAAAUAGCAUAUGCGUGCCUGAUAAUAAACGAUUAUAUAGAUAUAUUAUCCGGACAUUGUCAUGACAGCUUUAUACAGAAAUCACGAAAACUCAGAUAGUGCUUAUCUAUAUAAAAACUAUCGAUUUUUAUGUAUAAAUUUGCAGUGUUUGUUGACUGGUCCUUAGUACCUGCUUGAGUGUUUGAAUAGUUAUUGUGUUCAGUGAAUUAAGUGUAAAUAAGGAAAAAUAUAAAGUGAUAUGUCUGACUGUUCAGAUUAUGAGGAUCACGAUGAUCCCAAAGGUCAGGGGCAGCCGCCACCAUACACCGAGAGCACAACAGACGUGCCCCCCACUGAGAGAGCUGCCACCACCACCACCAUGCACUCCUCCACGUCAACAGCAGUGGGCUUCGGCGCAGCGGUGACCGUCGUGACUGCCCAACCGACCUACCCUGCGUACCCCGCAGCAGUCGUGUACCAGGGGAACAUGAACUAUGUACCAGCCGGCGUUAACGCGGGACAGGGACCUUUCAUAGGCCCCAAGGAGUCGCCAAUGACCUGCCCCUCCUGUCAGCAGAGGAUUACCACUAAAGUUGAAUACAAGUCUACGAUGGGUACACAUAUUUGUGCUCUCAUGUUUUGUAUGGUGGGGUUUAUACCGUGCAUGAUCAUCCCAUACUGCGUGAAGAGUUGCCGGAACGCUGACCACUAUUGUCCCGAAUGCAACGCUUUCCUCGGCACCUACAUCAGAGCCUGAUAAUCAUUAAUGUGAUGAAUAUGGAUUUUCUCUGUCACAGUUCUACGGUGCGAAGAUAUUAUCUAGUCAACGUGACUGGAUUAUGCACUUAGAAAUGGUGUAUAUAUGUAUCUAUACACAAUCGUGACUUAAUACGGAAGGAUACGAUUUUCGAAAUAUUUGUACAAGACUCAAAAAGAAGCCUUUUAGAAGCGAUAUAGCCUGAUACGAAGGUUCUCGAAGCGUGUGGCAAUUAUCAAUUAUUUAUUAUUCAAUCCUCAUAAAUAAUAAUAUAAUUGAUGGAAAAGUUGAAUGUCUGUUAAAGUUGAAAUCUAUAUGAUUUUGUGUAAAUCAAUACAGAUUUUUAUGUUUUUUAGACCACAUUCGACAAAUGUGCCUUACGUUUCAAGUACAAAAUUAUGAUAAUUAAAAAGAAAUCCCACAUGA